AUGAUUACGUGCCGUCUGCUGUGCGCCCUGUUGGUGCUCGCCCUGUGCUGCUGCCCGUCCGUGUGUGCGGAAGAGGGUCCGACGGAUAAGUUGAAGACGACGACGACGAAUAAUACUACAAAGGCACAAAAUGGAACAGAAUCACAAGGCUCCGAUCUGUCAGGGUCGCCAACUAAUGAGUCCGUUGUGGAACAAGGAAAAUCACCGGUUACCGGUCACUUGGGUUCGUCAGGUUCGGGGUUCGGUGUCGGCUCUGGAAUAGUUGACGGUGAUGAAAAAAGUUCGACUGGCAUAUUAACACAAUCAGAUGACGCGACCGACAACCUACAGAGAGAGGGUAAUAAGGACACGACAGGGUCACAAAGUAGCAAGAAACCAUCCACGGAAGAAGAAAAUAAGAAAGGUGAAGAUACUUCCGAGACGACCGCGACUACAACAAAGGAACCGACCACGACGACCACUACAGCACAGGCAACCACGACGACCACGACAACGACUACAACAAAGGCACCAAGUACCACCACCACUACAACACAGGCACCAAAUAACACGACUACAGAGGUGCCAACUACAACCACGACGACCACCCGCACACCGUCACGCCUUCGUGAAAUUGACGGCAGCCUCAGCAGCUCUGCGUGGGUGUGUGCCCCGCUGCUGCUCGCCGUAUCCGCGCUGGCGUACACCACUCUGGGCUAA